CUGCUUUAUCGAAAAUCACACCAUGACAUCCAUCUUCAAGCGUUUCUACACCAUCGUGGGUAACGUCACCCUCGAGCAUGUUCAAGAGAUCAACAAGAAUGGUGCGAAAUGGGCAGCCAGUAUUGAUAAGGUUGCGAAGGAAGAGGAGUCGGUGGAGGCCAGGUUUACGAAGCUGAAGAUCAAAGGCGCCAAGGCCCAUAAAUCCCACAAGGAUCCGACCGACGAGCAGGAAGUGAUUUCGCUGCAGUUCUUGGAUGACAAUGAAGUUCGGAUCAAGUCUAAACAUGCUCAUGAGAAUGGGACGAGCAAGUAG